AUGACCUCCCCUCGUCCAAAAAUCCUCAAAAGGCGCCAAGCAUACCCUGCUCUCUCAUCAUCGCCUGGUCAUCGGCCUGCGAUGAGGAGGUUGAAUUCAAGCGCAGGGGUGGGAGUCGCGAUGCCUUUGUCGUGGAAAAAAAGAGUUUCUUUGAUGGUGGUGGAUGUUGUAAUGGGGAGUGAGAUGAGUGAAGGGGAAGGAAGGUGGGGGGGGGGGGCUCGGUUUUGUGGGAUAGGAGGUAUAAUAAUAUGGGGGAUUUUUAGAAGCUACCUAGAGAAGCACGGUGAUGAAUUUGGUAUGGAGAAUGGAGGGGUUUGGAAUUCUGAAGCAUGGGUUUUUUGGAGACACGCAACGACAGAACUCUGGAUCUCGGACUGCGGGCUUUUGGUAAUCCUAGAUGGGCGAGCCGCGAAACGUACGCUGGAUGGGGAAAUCGGUCUUGAGAAAGAGGCAAAGUCACGGCAGCAGUAUCGGGGUUCCGCUCGCGGCCUGGCGAGAAGACAUCUCCGACAGCGAGGAUCUCAGCGAGCGAGACAACACCACCAACGAUGGGAGACGAUUGCUGAGGAAUCAGCAGAGAGAGAGAGAGAGAAGACAGUAAUAUUCAGAACAGAAGCCGCUUUUGGAUUCAAGCUCAUCUAUAUUCCGCUGCAUGUACCAUGUAUACAAAAAAGAAAUUGUGAGUUGGUUUUUUGCAGUCAGGCAAAGUUUUCAUGCCGACUCGCUCGAUUCCCUAUUCCGACCGAGCGUUGUAUAUACAAAAUGUUUUCUCAUGAAUCAAUAAAAUACAUCCCAUCAUCAAUGAUGGGGCGAAAAAAAAGAAACACCCUCAAGCAAGGGUUCGAUCAGCAAGCGAGCAAGCAGGACUGA